UCCCAUACGGGUAUCUGGCUCGGAGAGACCGAGCAGAGGCGGGAAAUGGCGCCUGGUAGCACAGCAGUGUGUCAUUUCGAAGACGAUCCUUGAACAGCAAAAAUACAACAGUGGGGGGAAAAGAACAAGCAGUGCCUGUGUUGUGAUGUUUAAUCUGCCUUGAGUCGUUAUUGUCACGUACAGCGGGUCACACUACACUUUACAUGUGACUGCUAAAACAAUGAGGCUGAGAAUGCGUAAGGCGUCUCAGCACCAAAAACCCGCUCUGACCAGCCGCACGUCCCGAACCAAGAGGAGACAUUCAGAGGUAGAAGAAGACCCUCCCGCCAGCGGAGGAAGGGGAAUACUAUCCACCAUCAAGAAGUUCAUCCGAGGAAAUGCUGUCAAGUUGCAACAGGAAAGCCCAGCAAAGAAGACACGCCUCCACUGCGACGUGGACAAUAACCUCAUAACCUCCACUCCCACAAACGCCAACUCCCCCCGGAGGAGUGCAAGCAGAGUAGGCAAGAAAGGCACCAUCAAUGGCCAAGCGACCAAUCAUGACAGGAAUAAGGAGAAGCCCAACGGCAGCCUGGAGGAAACGACUGCGGCUGAGAUGACCUCCAGUCCUCCCAGGACCACGCUGCUUGGGACGAUCUUCAGCCCGGUUUUUAACUUCUUCUCACCAGCUAAAACAUCCUCGGGCUCAGACUCCCCUGACCAGGCCCUGGAGGCUGAGGAGAUAGUGAAGCAGCUGGACAUGGAGCAGGUGGUGGAGACGCCCACCAGCACAGCCACGUCCACUCAGGACCUGUGCCCCGGUAACAACUUCUACUCCAGCGUAUCGCACCUGCCGCCUCUACGGCCUCCACACAUCCUUGAGGCGACUCCUACGGCAGAGGAAGAAGAGCUCGAUGCCGACGUUGACCUCCCGCCUCUGACGGCUCCAGGUUCUCAUAUGAAUGUGACGUAUGUGGAUGUUCCUCCUGCUACCGUGCCACCAGAGGCGUCCUACGAGGAAGAUUGGGAAGUGUUUGAUCCGUAUUUCUUCAUCAAGCACGUUCCUCCGCUGACAGAAGAGCAGCUGACCCGUAAACCAGCCUUGCCACUGAAGACACGCAGCACGCCUGAGUUCUCUCUGGUCCUCGACUUGGAUGAAACGUUAGUUCACUGCAGCUUAAAUGAACUAGAGGAUGCAGCACUUACCUUCCCUGUUCUCUUUCAAGAUGUCAUUUACCAGGUGUAUGUGCGCCUCAGGCCGUUUUUCAGAGAGUUUCUGGAGCGCAUGUCUCAAAUAUAUGAGAUAAUCCUUUUCACGGCUUCUAAAAAGGUGUAUGCAGACAAACUACUCAACAUUUUGGAUCCUAAAAAGCAGCUUGUGAGACACCGGUUAUUUCGUGAGCAUUGUGUCUGUGUCCAGGGAAACUAUAUCAAGGACCUCAACAUCUUAGGCAGAGAUCUGUCAAAGACCAUCAUCAUUGACAAUUCACCGCAAGCCUUUGCUUAUCAGUUGUCCAAUGGGAUUCCAAUAGAGAGCUGGUUCAUGGAUAAGAACGACAACGAGCUGCUAAAGCUGGUCCCGUUUCUGGAGAAGCUGGUUGAGAUGAACGAAGAUGUGCGACCACAUGUUCGGGAGAGGUUCCGACUUCACGACCUUUUGCCUCCUGAUUGAAACCAGCUUGCGGUGCGUCACAACGAAGCAGCAGGAUAAGACUGAAAUCAACAUGCGUGUAAAAAAGCCUCUCUUUGGAAUACAAAAUACAGCAUUGCCAUUACUU